UAUACCCCUUUAUGUCUUCCAACUUCCCUCAUUCUUCUCUUUCAAACACCAGUGGAUUUUCGUUGAAUAACCUUUAAGCUUUCUCCUGUCCCCGAAAUGGAUCCCCCCCUAUCAUCCUCAUCACUUUCACCUUACUAUAACACCAUUUUCACAGCACUAGCUUUCUUUUUAUCGGGCCUGGUUUUCUUGUUAUCAAGCAAAUCAAAAUCCAAAAGGUUGAAUUUGCCUCCAGGACCGCCUGGAUGGCCUGUGGUUGGCAACCUCUUCCAAGUUGCUCGAUCAGGGAAACCUUUUUUUCAGUACGUGAGAGAUCUUUUGCCUAAAUACGGUCCAAUUUUCACUCUCAAGAUGGGCACUAGAACCAUGAUAAUCAUCACCAGUGCUGACUUGGUAUACGAAGCACUCAUCGAAAAGGGUCAAAUCUUUUCUAGCCGGCCUCGAGAGAAUCCUACCAGGACCAUCUUCAGCUGCAACAAAUUCACGGUCAAUGCUGCCCUUUACGGCCCUGUUUGGCGAUCCCUGCGGCGAAACAUGGUCCAGAAUAUGUUGAGUGCAACGCGGCUUAAGGGGUUCAAGGAUGCAAGAGAUAGCGCAAUGGAUAAACUGAUUGAAAGAAUUAAAUCCGAGGCUGAAGCCACCGACGGUGCUGUUUGGGUGCUGAAAAAUGCCCGAUUCGCGGUCUUCUGCAUACUAUUAUCUAUGUGUUUUGGGAUUGAAAUGGACGAAAAGAUGAUUGAUACGAUCGAUCAGAUGAUGAAGACUGUGUUGCUUGUUCUUGAUCCAAGGUUAGACGAUUAUCUCCCACUUCUAAGCCCAUUUUUCUCCAAGCAAAGAAAAAGAGUUCAAGAGGUCAGAAGAGAGCAAAUUGAGCUACUCGUCCCAUUCAUUGAAAAGAGGAGAAAUGCUAUUAAGAAUCCAGGAUCAGAUAAAACUGCAGCUUCAUUUUCCUACCUUGAUACAUUAUUUGAUCUUAAAAUUGAGGGUAGAAAAUCGGCUCCUUCUAAUCCUGAGCUCGUCACACUUUGCUCCGAGUUCUUGAAUGGCGGAACCGACACUACCGGGACGGCAAUUGAGUGGGCCAUAGCUAGGAUGGUCGAAAAUCCUGAUAUUCAGACAAAAUUAUACAAAGAGAUUAAAGGUGUAGUCGGUGAUAGGAAGGUUGAGGAGAAGGACAUGGAGCGCAUGCCGUACUUAAACGCCGUCGUUAAAGAGUUGUUACGUAAGCAUCCUCCCACGUACUUUUCCCUAACCCAUGCAGUAAUUGAGCCGGCCAAAUUAGGUGGGUAUGACAUUCCAACAGAUACAAAUGUGGAAAUUUUCUUGCCGACCAUCGCGGAGGAUCCAAAAUUGUGGUCCGACCCAGCGAAGUUUGACCCGGACCGAUUCCUCAGCGGUCGGGACGAUGCCGACAUAACCGGUGUCACCGGAGUGAAGAUGGUGCCGUUUGGAGUUGGCCGGAGGAUUUGUCCCGGGUUGGCCAUGGCUACGGUGCAUGUCAAUUUGAUGUUGGCCCGGAUGGUUCAAGAAUUCGAGUGGACUGCUUACCCGAAAGACAGUAAGGUGGAUUUUAGUGAGAAAUUGGAAUUUACAGUGGUGAUGAAGAAUACUCUAAGAGCCCACGUCAAGCCAAGGAUCUAAUGUAAGAGAGGUUUUCUGCCAUGAGAUGUUAGGGUUUAUAUAGAUAUAUAAUUAUCUACUACUACAUAUAUUUCUUCAUACUUCUGCUGAAAGUUGGAUUUUCCUUUCUCCUUUUUUUUUAAAAAAAAUAUAUAUAUAUAUCUUUUAAUACUGUAUUUAUUUUGGGAGUCUAUUGAUAGGGGUUUGACAUAAACUUCUCUAUGUUAAUUUUAAUCGUUUUCAUAAAAUUUGAGGAAUUGGCAUGCCAUUGAAGUUGAACGGUUGAGGGCUGUGCAGCAAAAGUAUCUACUAUCUUCUUAUUUCUUGGAUUGGAAUACGGAGGAAAAAUUGAUCAAACACGUUUAAAAGCUAUUGGGUGACAAAAGUAGUGUCCUCUCCCAAACUCACUGGCUCAAAUAAGUGUGUCACCGUACUUUGAAGGCAAGCUAUUAAUGAACGGACUGCAAUUCAACGCACUUGAGUUGAGUUGAGGAGAGCGGUUCUCGUACUUCACAGAUGUCUAAAUUUGUUCAAAGAUCCAUCACUUUCUCUGACCUUUGUGCCAAAAAUGGAAGCACGAACCAAUGGUGUAGGAGGGGUAACAUUUGAAAACUAAUUUGUUACGAGAACCCUAAUUGGGGAAUCACAUCUUACGGGACAAGGAAAUAACUAGAGCUCAAUUAAUCCCA